UGGAGGUUGAAGCAACAGCAUUUCUAUCCGAUGGUCGGGCGCAUGAAGGGGCUCGCGAAGAGCAAGCGCGUCUUCACGGUCGACGACGACGAGUACGACGACGGUACCGCGGCCGCGACCUACUCGGGCUCGGAGAGCGAGGCCGAUGGCCAUGACGACGGCGACGACGACGAGAUCGCCAUGCGCCCGGCGUCGUCGCUCCGUGUGCGCAACUCCAACUUUGACGACGCCGACCCGGCGUACGAAGGCAAGGUCGUUCGCCGCACCGAGCUCAAGAGCGACGACGAUGAUGAUGAGGAGGACCUCGAGCGCGAAAUGCAGGACGAGUGGUCCGAGGGCGAGCCGUUCGCGGGUUCGGACGGCGACGACCAGAGCGGCAGCGACCUCGACGAAGAGGAAGAGGAAGACGAAAGCGAAGAGGAGAACGAAGAUACCUCGGCCGUUGGCGGCGACGUCGACGAUGUCAUCCGCGCCCUCGAAGAAGAAGACGCGGCUGUGCUCAUGCGCUCCAAGGACAUUGAGACGCAGCAGCACAAGGCCAAGCACGUGCACCACCAGAAGAUGAUCUGGGAGCGCUGCUUGGAGCUUCAGAUUGCGAUCAAGCAGCUCAUUGCGACGAUCAAUGGCGUCGGCACGUCGGGCUCGGACGAGGAGUCGGCGAAGCGGUCGGCGCUCGCGGCGCAGCUCCGAAGCUGCAUGGCCACGAUGCAUGCGAUGCAGCAGGAGAUGUACACGCUGCCCGAAUUCUCGACCAGCAGCAAGCGCUCGAUGGACGAGGCUGGUGACAUGUGGCAAGGCUGCGUCGACGAGUCGGCGGCCGCGCUGCCGCAGUACCAGUCGAUUCUCAACAAGUACGCGCGGCAGGCGGACGGUGUCGCGGCAAAAAAGUUCAAGGCGGUCAACCAGGACGUGCUUGUGCAGGUCGACGCAGUCCUCGCGGACCCGCAGCGCAUUCGGCGCAAGGCGCACCCGGCGGCGAUUGCUGACGACACGACCGACUCGGAGGCCGUCGACGACCUCCAGUACGACGACCGCGAGUUUUACCAGCAGCUCCUUAAAGAGUACAUUGAGAACGGUGCGAACGGCCUCGACGCCAGCCUCGGCGCGAGCUUGAAGCUCAAGCGCAAGAAGAAGAACGUGAACCGCAAGGCGAGCAAGGGCCGUGUCGUCAAGUACACGGUGAUGCCCAAGCUCCAGCACUUUAUGUUCCCGGACCCGACGCUCCGAUACAAGACCAACAUGGACAUUGACGAGCUCUUCCGAUCGUUAUUUAGCUCGACGGCAAAGGCCUAAAGAAAGGGUCCUACUACACUACAACACGUCGUCUUCCUCCUCUUCUUCCUU